GGUGUGUUGGUGACCGGUUUUUUAUGUUUAUGCUGUGCACCUGCAUUUCUAGAUUUGGGGAAAAGAGCAUACAAAAUGCAACUGCUUUAGGACGAAAGAUACCAUUCCGGGUCCUGCCUUUGGUAUGGAAAGAUCGCUUUAGUCUUGACAAGAAGUGUGUUAUAAGAAUUGGGACUUGGUACGUUUUAUUCGGUUGAAAAGAUCGUCAAACGAAAGUGAAGAGACUUUGGGAUUUUUCGGACUUGGUGAUAUUCAGUGUUAUCGUUUAGCGAACAGUUGCAUAACAAAAGUGACAAGUGAUGGCAACUGCAGUUAGAAGCAUGUCCCUAGGACAGAGUAUGUACAUUCCAAAUGGAUCGUCGUUGAUUCAGCCGGCUUCGGUUAAUCCUUUCCGGAAGCGGCCGAUUGCUCCUGCUCCAGUUCCGAGUGUUGGAUUACCUUCGAUGCCGAUCAAGGAUCGUCCGAUCAUUUCUAAGAAAUACUGUGCUUUGCCAUAUGCAGUAACUCCGCAACAAUCGGCCUCGAUCCAACGUCGUAAUGCUCGGGAAAGAAAUCGUGUCAAGCAAGUAAACAACGGAUUCGCACAUCUUCGCCAGCAUAUCCCUUCGGCCGUGAUAACUUCGUUGACAAAUGGAGGUCGGGGACCACACAAAAAACUUAGCAAAGUCGAUACGCUCCGUGUGGCUGUAGAAUAUAUCCGCAGCCUUCAGCGCAUGCUGGAUGAAGAUAUGGAGAACAGUGGUAAAGUGAGCACUAAAAGUGACAUUCAAGCGCUUUCCCCGGUAUCCUAUUAUGGUUCUAUGUCCGAGGCGUCAACUUCGUCUUCACCUGCGCCGUCUCAAAUGUCCGAGUACUCCAGCUAUAGCAGUCCUACCGAGCUCGGACAAUUCAAGAGGGAACCGUACGACGUGUACUCAAAUCCUUCUCCAAUUUCUUCUACCAAUACUCCGAUUACUCCAACAACGGUUUUGCCCAGCAUGACCACGUUCAGCACUCCGACCUUCACACAACCGAUCCACCAAAUCUACAGGACUCAUCUAACUCAGCAGCCACCGGUGGCGGAUUUCUCUGAACAACUUAGUCCCCAGAAUACCGACGACGAGGAGCUCCUGGAUGCCAUUUCUUGGUGGCAACAACAGGAAUGAUCGCCACAAACAACCUACUUUCGGAAUAAAAGACUGAAAGAUCGAGUCCGAUCUUCCUUAGAGUGGAUAUCGCUCAAACCAAAAAACGAAAAAAUAAUGUGGAUCGAACGUUAAGCUGUAAAUCUGUAACCCAUCGCCAGUUCAAAUGAUCUCGUUUACUUAUUUAGAGUAGUACGCGGAACAAAUUAGAAACUGUCCAAUCAGGUCAAGUAGUGAAGGAGCUCAAGCUGAGCUCCCAGCUAGUUAGACGUAAUUUCCCAGUGUGUGUCAAACUACAGAUAGAGUUAAAAAUGUUCUUGCAAGUAGAAUUAAAAUAAGCUCGAAAAGUUUUAGGCUAAUUGCUUCGAUUAGAAAUGCUGAAGUGCUGAUAGAUGUACAAAGCGUUCACUGUCGCGCUGAUGGUGAACGUGCUGAAUUUAUAGAAACUUGUUUUUGUUUUAAUGUACUUGUUUUUGAUCUUUUUUAAAAAAGUCUAGU